GAUCAUUUGAGUGUAGGACCUUGAGGUAGUUUAAGUUUUCAGUAAAGGGUCAAGAUAAUCCCACGGACACAACUGCAUCGGAACAACAAGAGCCAGGUCAAAGAGAACACAUACAGACGCUAACCUCGAAGAUAACGAAGCCGCAGGCAAAGACCCCUUCGUCGACGGAGAGGAAGAAAUUCCCAAGUCACCCGAAUCCAAGGAUCCGGAAGGGUUAGAAGAUCAGCCAUUUUCAUGAAAAUCGCCUCCAGCCAAUGACCCAUCAACGUCGUCGCCACCACACAAGAAAAAAAAUGACGGAUUCGCGAAUGGAAUCAAUUUAUGAACAUGAUGGCGAAGCAAUCGAACAAAAUAGGCCUGAUGGUUGCUCAAAUGGCCACCAACACGGUCAGUGACUCCAUCCCGAAAAGUCGUACUGAGAGCGACCGCAAACUACACUCGUGUCAGAACCUAACAGACAACCCUAAAAGAAAAGUCAACCAAAGGUAUACCAAUAUCCCUACAAGAUAUGAAGAAGGUGCUCGGUGUGAACACAGGAGUCCCUAAUCUGCAGAAUGUACUCAUUCAAGGCGAGAACGGUAUGCUGUCAUCUAAAGAAGACAAAGAAACAUCCAAAUCAUUCCCUGAUUUGUUUGCAAAUUGGUCGCCUCAUUUAGCCGCAUCACUGCUACAUAACCCAGAGUUUAUGACAUACGAAUGUAUUGCUGACAAUCUCAAGUAUCAGGCCAUGGUAUGCGAAUACUCCAAGAUUAUGUAUCCAGAAAAAGUUGCUAAUCUCGACAAGACGCACCGAGUAGCUGUGGGGCAAUAUCUGCCCACUCUCGGCUCUCCGAUAUCGAUGCAGCAAAACUAGCCGUUGUGGUCGGCUCCUCCUCGUUCAAUCAGGCGCUCAGUUCAUGUAAGCACUGCAACUGCGAGACGGCCUUCUACGUAUGUGAGAAAGUCAAUCCAGUCGCCAAGAACGAGAAAGAUCAAUAUAAUGGUCAUGGAUGAUCGACAACGAACCCGUGGGUUUGACGUAGGCAAUGCAUGCGGGUUAGCGCGUGUAUUCGCCUCCGUACGCAAGUUUAAACGUGGUCGCGAGUUCCCUGGAAUUCGUUGAGGUCGCGAAAACUUGUCCUGGCGAUUUUCUUCUGCUUUGUCAAUGUUCACACGGAAUACAUCACGCAUCUUUUCAGACG